AUGCAGCUUCACGCCCUCCUCGCUAUCCUCCCUUACCUCGUAUACGUCUCGGCCGCACCAGCCCCGGCCAUCGCGAAACGAGACUGCCCCGCCAAGGGUUCGGUAUCUGCCAUCGCUGCCAUCGACACUCUCGCGCUCGGCUCUGCCACGUCGUCCAUCUCCUCUGAGGCUACGGCUACCGCCAGCGCCUCUGGGAUCGAUGAUGUCGCCAAUCUGGCUACAGUCGGUGGGGGUCAGAGUCGAUCUGGUGGUCGACCGAGCUGGGGAGUGUCUGCAAAUGCUACGCUGGUGGAGACUUCUGCUGCGAACGCUACUUUGAUCGGGACUCCUGUUGUUGAAGUCGCGGUCACUACUACGUCCGAGGCUGCUGUGGAGACCAGCCCGACUAUCGAUUUCUCGAGUAUCGCUUUUCCUAUCGACACUGCUAUUUCUUCGGCUCUCGACGCCUCGUCUUCUAUCCUCUCUUCUGAGACGGUCGAGACGAUUAUCGCCUUUACCACUCCCAUCACCACCACAUCCCUAGAACCUGCUACCAUCUCCUCCACCCAAGCCGCAGCCACCACAUCCGCCGCCGCAACCGUCCACGAUUCGAGCAUUGCCGUCGGCUUCGGUGUCGACUCUACGGGCUGGCAAGGGUUCAGCGGCGUGGCGGGCUUGGAAUGGUACUGGAACUGGGGCUUGGUAUCCUUCGACCUCCCUGAUAGCCAGUUCGUACCUUGCGUUUGGGGCAGCGAGAUGGCCAAUGCGUUUGAUCAGGCUACUAUCGACGCGUACCCCAGUGGGACCAGUCAUAUCAUGAGUUUCAACGAACCGGAUCAGACAAUUGCUGUGGGAGGUUCAGAUAUCACCGAAGCUGAAGCUGCGACGCUUCAUCAAGCUUGGACGGCUCAGCUUGGGACGUCUUCCCUCAAGGUCGGAGCGCCUGCAGUUGCUCGUGGUAGUACCACUUGGUUCAACAAUUGGCUCACUGCAUGUGGUGGUAAUUGCGAGUAUGACUUUGUCCCGAUUCACUUUUACGGCAUCGACCCCUAA